AAUAAAGAAAUUUCUAAUGGAAAUGAUUAUCUUGACCUAUACGAAAUAAUUUCAAAGUUUACUAACGGUAAAUGGUUAAUCGUUGGAAAUUCAUUAACAGAUGACAAUGACUUAUGGGUGCAGUUCCAGAAGCAAACAAAUAAAAAACUUAAGAAACAUAUUUCAUAUUCAAGUGAAUAUGAGAUCUUUGAUAUUCUAAAAGAAGAAAUUUCCCUAAUUUAUGCUACCUACAAAAAAAUAAAAGCCGAUCAAAAAGAUUUAUUUGUUUAUUAUUUGAAAGGUAGAAUGAGUAGUUUAAAGAAGGAAUAA